AUGCCAGAGAAAGUGGACAACACAUUAAUGAUCAUAGUGGCUGCAGAGUUUUUAAUGGGGAUGUUAGGGAAUACAUUCAUUGCAUUGGUAAACUGCAUGGACUGGGUCAAGAACAGGAAGAUUGCCUCUGUUGAUUUAAUCCUCACAAAUCUGGCCAUAUCCAGAAUUGGUCUAUUGUGCAUACUACUACUAGAUUGCUUUAUAUUGGUAUUCUAUCCAGAUGUCUACACCACUGGCAAACAAAUGAAAAUCAUUGACUUCUUCUGGACACUAACCAAUCACUUAAGUGUCUGGUUUGCUGCCUGCCUAAGCAUUUUCUAUUUCCUUAAGAUAGCUAAUUUUUUCCAUCCCCUAUUCCUUUGGAUGAAGUGGAGAAUUGACAGGGUGAUUUGCUGGGUCCUGCUGGGUUGCAUGGCCUUUUCUGUGUUUAUUAGCCUUCCUGUCACUGAGAAUUUGAAUGAUGAUUUCAGGUUUUGUGUCAAGGCAAAGUGGAAAACAAACUCAACUUUGAGAUGCAGAGCAAAUAAAGUUCAAUAUGCUUCCAUCAAAAUUUUUCUCAACCUGUUAACCCUAUUCCCCUUUUCUGUGUCCCUGAUGUCAUUUUCCCUCUUGAUUCUUUCCCUGUGGAGACACACCAGGCAGAUACAGCUAAAUGCCACAGGAUGCAGAGACCCCAGCAAGGCUGCCCACCUUGGAGCCAUGAAAGCCAUUAUCUCCUUCCUCCUCCUCUUCAUUGCCUACCAUUUGGCCUUUCUUGUUGCCACCUCCAGCUACUUUAUGCCAGAGACUGAAUUAGCCGUGAUACUGGGUGAGUUGAUAGCUCUAAUCUAUCCCUCAAGCCAUUCAUUUAUUCUAAUUCUGAGCAACAAUAAAUUACGACAAGCAUCUCUAAGAAUGCUGUGGAAAGCAAAGAAUAUCCUAAAAAGAAAAUUCUAA